AUGUCAGCCCUCCAAGCUAUGGGCAGCUACGGCAACGAUGACAACGAUUCAGGCGUCCUUUCCAUGCUUUACGGUGCCGAUCGCAUUGCGAGAAUCCUAGGCAGAAGAAUCUGCUUCCAAUGGGUGCCCGGCCACGUCGGCUUGGCAGGUAACGAGAAAGCAGACGCUCUUGCGAACAGAGGGGUGCGGAAAGUGGCCGCUACCAUUCCCGUUACAUACAGUGAAUGUCUAGUGAGGCUGAAAGAGAGCUUCAAACGGGAAUGGGAAAAAGAGUGGGCAGAAGGGUCUAAGGGCCGGGUUGUCUUCAAACACAUGAAGAAACCCUCGAGAUCGGAUCCAUGGUGGAACUUGCAGAGAUGGCAGCAGUCCAUCAUCACCCAGUUACGUACACGGCACUGUCCGUCCAAGUCCUACUUGAGUGGACUAAAGAUUACCCGCGAUGACCAAUGUCGACACUGCGGCAAUGCCGUGGAAACUGUCGAACAUGUCAUUAUUGAGUGCCCUGCACUGGCCCAGAUGAGGCAGGAGCACAUAGAUGGGAUCCAAGACGUUGACAAAUACCUGUACAGAAACUGGGGUCUGAUGAAGGACGUGUGCAGUUUCGUAAGAGAGUCUGGUGUCCUCUCCUACUACCGCGCGGCGGACCAUGAAAACUGA